UUUGGUUUUCUGGCUGUCUCAUGUUUGUAUUCAGCGCACUGUUGGAGUUUGCGUUGGUCAACUACAUAUAUCUACUGGAUAUAAGAGUUCGACCAUCGAAGCAAACCGGAACGAAGUCCGUCUACGCGACAACGGAACCUUCUUCGAUGGAUGUCAGCAAUAAUUCAUUUGUUCCAGGCGAAUACAAACCCAAAACAGACAUAUUUGCUGUAAAGUACGAUUCAUCCAGUGCGGCCACCAAGAACGGCAUAGCCAACAAUGCUGGUGAAACAUUCAAGCCGUACGUUCAAUACGCGCAACGAAUUGACCGGAUAUCUAGAGUGGUAUUUCCACUUCUGUUCACGUUUUUCAACGUUUUAUUCUGGUCUAUUUAUCUGCACGAACCUACAAACUGAACAAGGGUGCAAUUUACCAAAGUGACGGCUAA